AUUCCUGCACCCUAACAGACAGCGAGUUCUCUUCCCAAAGCCAAUGUCACUUAGUUAUGUUCACCUUCCCAGUCGCAUCUCAUUCAAGAGUCAGACUGUGAUACACAGGAACUAGUUUCUACAGCCAUAAUCAUCUAAGCAAUGACUCAUCAUUCCCCGGCAGAGACCCAGACCUCGCUCGCUGACCUCUUGCUCGAUUAUCUGAAGGAGCUCAGUGAAGAAGACCUGAAGGAGUUUAAAUGGAAACUGAGUCACAUAAAGUAUAAAGAGUUAAAGCCCCUUCCCAGGGGUCAGGUGAAGGACUUGGAUAGAACAGACCUCGCCAACAAGAUGAUAAGUUCCUACAGUGAAGUUGAUGCUCUCAAUGUCAUGCUUGACAUCCUGAAGAAGAUGAAGCUGAAUGAUCUUGCUCAGAGACUGAAUGAAGACCCACAGAUGGACACUAUCAUGUCAGAAAGACCAAAGCCCUCCGGUGCCCAGGGAAGAAAAAGAAGAAGAGAGGAGGAAGAACAGGAAAAAGACAGAGAACAGCUCAUGCUGCAAUAUCAGUGGAGAAUCAAAUGUACCCUGAAGCAGAAAUGUGAGUGUGUAUUUGAAGGGAAAGCUAAGGAAGGACAGCCAACACUUCUCAAUGAGAUUUACACAGAACUCUACAUAACUGAAGGUGGGACUGGAGGAGUCAAUGAUGAACAUGAAGUGAGACAGAUUGAAACAGCAUCCAAGAAAAGGCGAACAGAAGAUACUACAGUCAAGUGCAAUGAUAUAUUUAAACCCUUAUGUGGGCGUGAGACACCUAUCAGAACUGUACUCACUAAAGGGGUGGCAGGUAUCGGGAAAACAGUCUCUGUGCAGAAAUUUAUUCUCGACUGGGCAGAAGGAAAAGCAAACCAGGAUGUUCACUUCAUAUUUGCUCUUCCUUUCCGAGAUCUGAAUUUGAUUAAAGAUGAAUACAGUCUGAUUGAACUGCUUCACCACUUUGUCCCAGAACUGAAAUUGCUUGAAUCCACUGAGCUGUUUAGGGACAAAGUCUUGUUCAUCUUUGAUGGUCUGGAUGAAUGUCGACUUCCACUAGAUUUUCAGAACAAUGAGAGCUGGUUUGAUGUAACAAAAAGAACGUCACUGGAUGUGCUGUUGACUAACCUCAUUAAGGGGAAUCUGCUUCCAUCCGCUCUCCUCUGGAUAACCUCUCGGCCAGCAGCAGCCAAUCAGAUACCUCCUGAUUGUGUCUACCGGGUGACAGAGAUACGAGGGUUCAGUGAUGACCAGAAGGAGGAGUAUUUCAGAAGGAGAUUUAGUGAUCAGAGCCUGGCCAGCAGGAUCAUCACACAUGUGAAAUCAUCAAGGAGCCUCUUCAUCAUGUGCCAUAUACCUGUGUUCUGCUGGAUUUCAGCCACUGUGUUUGAGAAGCUUUUCAGUGAGACUGACAGGGGAGAAAUUCCAAGGACUCUGACUGAAAUGUACACACACUUCCUGAUCUUUCAGACAAGCUUAAAAAAUGACAAGUAUAUGGAAAACCAUGAAACCAAGCUUAAGGAAUACAACAAGGAAUUCCUUUUAAAACUUGGUGAACUGGCUUUUGACAACCUUGAGAAAGGCAAUCUCAUAUUUUAUAAGCAAGAUCUGACAGAGAAUGACAUUGAUGUCAGUGAAGCUUCAGUUUACUCUGGAGUUUGCACAGAAGUCUUUAAAGAGGAAUAUGGGUUGUAUCAGGAGAAGGUGUACUGCUUUGUGCAUCUGAGCAUCCAGGAGUAUCUCGCUGCUUUAUACGUGUUUCUGUCAAACUCAUCAGCUGACCUGCUGAAGACUGCAGUGGAUCAGGCAUUAGAGAGCAAGAAUGGACACUUGGACCUCUACCUCCGCUUCCUCCUGGGCCUCUCAACAGAAUCCAGUAAGACUCUGUUACAAAGGCUACUGGGACAGACAGAAACCAGCUCACAUAACAUUAAAGAAACAGCCCAAUACAUCAGGUGGGAACUACAGGAGAAUUUAUCUCCAGAAAGGACCAUCAACCUGUUCCACUGUCUGACUGAGCUGGGUGACAAUUCUCUAGUAGAGGAAGCACAAAGAUACCUGAAUUCAGGAAACAUUUCAGCAGAAGACCUCUCACCUGCACAGUAUUCAGCUCUGGCGUUUGUGUUGCUGAUGUCAAAUGAGGAGCAGGAUGUGUUUGAUCCAAAGAAAUACAUCAGAUUACAUGAGCACUGGAGGCUGCUGCCUGUGGUCAAGAACUCCAGGACGGCUCUGCUGAACAGCUGUGAUCUCAUAGAUAAACACUGUGAAGUGUUGACUUCAGCUCUAAGAUCAAACUCUUCACCCCUGAGAGAGCUGGACCUGAGUGACAAUGAUCUGGAAGAUUCAGGAGUGAAGCUGCUCUCUGCUGGACUGGGGGAUUCACACUGUAAACUGGGGAUACUGAGGCUGUCAGGCUGUAGAGUCACAAAAGAAGGCUUUUCUUCCCUGGCUUCAGCUCUGAGGUCAAACCCCUCACACCUGAGAGAGCUGGACCUCAGUGACAAUCACCCAGGAGACUCAGGAGUGAAGCUGCUCUCUGCUGUACUGGAGGAUUCACACUGUAAACUGGAGAUACUGAGGCUGUCAGGCUGCAGAGUCACAGAAGAAGGCUGUUCUUCCCUGGCUUCAGCUCUGAGGUCAAACCCCUCACACCUGAGAGAGCUGGAUCUGAGCUACAAUCAUCCAGGAGACUCAGGAGUGAAGCUGCUCUCUGCUGUACUGGAGGAUCCCAGCUGUAAACUGGAGAAGCUGCAGGUGGGCCUGUGUGAUCUCACAGAUAAAUGCUGUGAGGUGCUGGCUUCAGCUCUCAGAUCAAACUCCUCACCCCUGACAGAGCUGGACCUGAGUGACAAUGACCUGCAGGAUUCAGGAGUGAAGCUGCUCUCUUCUGUACUGGGGGACUUACACUGUAAACUGGAGAUACUGCUGAACAGCUGUAAUCUCACAGAGAAAUGCUGUGAGGCGCUUGCUUCAGCUCUCAGAUCAAACUCCUCACCUCUGAGAGAGCUGGACCUGAGUGACAAUGACCUGCAGGAUUCAGGAGUGAAGCUGCUCUCUGCUGGACUGGGGGAUUAUCACUGUAAACUGGGGAUACUGAGGCUGUCAGGCUGUAGAGUCACAGAAGAAGGCUGUUCUUCCCUGGGUUCAGCUGUGAGGUCAAACCCCUCAUACCUGAGAGAGCUGGAUCUGAGCUACAAUCACCCAGGAGACUCAGGAGUGAAGCUGCUCUCUGCUGUACUGGAGGAUCCCAGCUGUAAACUGGAGUGCCAGCUGACGCUGGACCCCAACACAGCACACAGAGACCUGUCUCUGUCAGGGGGGAACAGGAAGGUGACAUGGGGGGCAAAGCAGCCAUAUCCUGAUCAUCCAGAGAGAUUUGACAGCUGGGAACAAGUUCUUUGCAGAGACAGUCUGACUGGUCGCUGUUACUGGGAGGCUGAGUGGGAAGGAGAUGGAGCCCAGAUAGGAGUGACUUAUAAAGGGAUCAGGAGGAAAGGAGGGAGUGACUGUGAGCUUGGAUACAAUGACAAGUCAUGGAGUCUGUGGUGUGAUCCUGACAGAUACUCUGUUCUGCACAAUGAUAAACUGACUGUCAUACCCAUAGAGCCCUCAGGCUCCCUCAGAGUAGGAGUGUAUCUGGACUGGGGGGCUGGUGCUCUGUCCUUCUACAGAGUCUCCUCUGAUGGACUGACCCUCCUGUACAGAUUCACCUCCUCAUUCACUGAGCCCCUCUAUCCAGGUUUUGGGAUUUGUAAAAACUCCUCAAUGUCGCUGUGACGUGUUGCUGGUUCUCCUGGCAAAAAGGUAAAAUCUCUGCUUUUUAACCUUUAUAAUCCUUUUUACUCUGAAAUGCCUGUGUUCAGCGAGCUGAAUAAACAUGAAAAAUAUAGUUUUUCUCACUGACUAAAAUAUAACUAAAUGUAAUCCUGAUAUCCUGAUGGGGGGGGGGCUUUCUCCCUCCCCUGUAUAUGUACAUUUUAUAUAUUUAUGCCCAUUUACUGUAUUUCCUUCCUAUACAAUGACAAUAAAGACUUUCUGUUCUGUCCUAUUAAUGUCCUGCUUCAGCGUCACCCAAAGCAUAACUGAGUAACAUAAUGAAACCACAGUCUAGUGGAUUAAGUUAAAUUCACUUUAUUACUGCAGCUGAACAUAACUAACACAAUGACACUGAAUCAAUGUAUAUAAUAAUCAUUUAACUGGAGACAUAACAGAA